AUUGCUGCUUUUAACUCUCUAUACGAAGAGAUUAGAUUGGUAGUUCUUUGACAUGGACACCGUCACAUUGAACUCUCGUUUAUCCUACGCAACUCAAACAAAGGCGAAAGAAUGCUAACCUUAAGUGACUGUUACUCUUUCAUCGUUGACACUUUUGGCAACUUUCGUUCCGAACAACCAACGCCCACGCAAAUCAACUGUAAUCGUUUGAACACACUACCGUUGGUGGAUGGCAACGAUGUACGGUCUUUGUACAACACACAAUGAUACGUUACCAAAUAUUGCGGUCCACAUCGCGCCAAACCUGAAUUCUGAAAACCUCGAAACCUGUGCGUUGCGCGCGUAUCACACGAACGUGUCAAUAAUCAAUCAACGCAACUCUUUUCUGUUUGAAAUUCCAUGUGCAUACACGUCUUUUUGUGUACAAAAUAUCUAAAUGGCCUUAUUGAUUUGAUAUGCGGGGUGAAAACGCAAAAAUAACGAACAUCGAACUACUCGCUGCUUUUUUGCCUGUCACUGUGGGCCUCAUCGCGGUGCUGUGUUUUUGGUUUGUCUAUGAAGUCUAAUUGACUUCAAAAACACUUCUUCUGAAAAAGUUCUCAAGUCUGAGACGCGCCGUCCCAAGGAUUCGACAAUUCAUUGUUCUUGUUUAGUUGUCCAAAGCAGAUGGAGUCGAAACAAAAUGGAAGUCAAGAAUCGAACCCUAAACUGGGUUCUCAAGAGUCCACCUCAUAUUCUGGAUUUGGCAUGUUGAGCUCUUUUGGGAAACAGCCGAGCACUAUGUCAUCUUUUUCUUCUAAUCUAGACCAACAGCAGCAAGCGCAGACCAAUAAACCGUCAUUUUCCACGCUCUCGCCUAAAUUUGGACAACAACAGCAAACACCUGCUAAUACGUCGUCUUUCUCCGCCAAGCUGGGCCAACAGCAGCAAUUGCCAUUCGGUGGUACCUCGGCCUUUUCUUCCAACCCACAACAAGCCUCAAACACCCCUUCGUUUUCGUUUUCAGCAAAGUCCGAACAGCAAAAACAAGAAACGUCUGGUGGUACAUUUUCCUUUGAGCCGCAGCAAGCGUCAGGCACUCCUUCAUUUUCGUUCUCAGCUAAGCCCGAGCAGCAAAAACAGGAAACCUCUGACAGCGCUCCUUCGUUUUCCUCCAAGCCACAACAGCAGGCGCCGAGUACCCCUUCGUUUUCGUUCUCAUCUAAGCCUGAACAGCAAAAACAAGAAACACCUAGCAAUAUUCCCUCAUUUUCCUCCAAGCCGCAACAAACAUCGAGCGCUACUUCGUUCUCGUUCUCAGCUAAACCCGAACCGCAAAAACAACAGCAAUCAGGCGCCACUCCUUCAUUUUCGUUCUCAUCUAAGCCAGAACAGCAAAAACAGCCGUCAGACGCCACGACACCGUUUCCGUCUUCGUCCAAGCCGGAACAGCAGCAACAACAAUCAUCGGGCACUACUACCUCGUUUUCAUCAAGCUCAGCACAACAAGCCUCGAGCGGCGCCCUCAAACCCGUUGACAGCCAAGGUCCAUCCUUCAAGCCGCCAACUUCGUCUUCUAUUCCAAAAACCAGCUUUUCUACCAGCUCGUCUGGCCAUGCAACAACUAGCUUCAAGCCACCAACCUCUCUUGAUGCGCCAGCUUCGGAAAAUACCGCCAAAACAACUUUCUCAAGUCAGAAUCAACAGAACAACCAAACAACGGCGCCAGCUUCAAAUGUCUCAAACGUUCCUUCCUCAACCGAGGGCUCUCCUUCCUUGAGCAGCUGGCAACCGCCUUCUAAACCCGCUCUAGAUGGCGCGUCUAAACCAACGUCCUCGUCUGCCGCGCCUCUCCCUUUUUCUUCCACUCCUCAACCAUCUAAGACAGAUUUCCUCACCACCCUUAAAAACAAGCCCCUUGAAGACGUGAUCAACGACUGGACGAACCAGAUUGAGCAGGACAAGGACAACUUCAUCAAACAGGCACUCCUUGUUUCCAGCUGGGACAAGAAGGUCAACGAGAAUGGCCAAAAAAUACUCCUUUUAAAACAGAAUGUAGACCUGGUAUACGCCGCUCAGAGCGAGCUAGAUCAGAAUUUGGAACUGAUUCACUCACAACAGAGCGAGCUGAAUAACAUGCUGUCAACUCUAGAGAACCAAGUCGAACAGUGGUCCUUGGCUCAAGAUCUAUCCCCUAUAGAUCGAGAGCGCGAGAAGGGAUAUAAAUUGGCAGAAAAUAUCAAUAUUCUGUUGGACCGAAUGUCUGUCAAAUUGAAAGAGCUCGUCAACAAACUGAACUCCGCCCAAGAAAGAGAAUUAGAGAGCGACAACCCUAUUGCUCAGAUAGUGCAAAUACUAAAUGCGCACCUGAGCUCUUUGCAGUGGAUAGACCAGACUUCCACUGCACUGAACGCAAAACUACUGACCCUCAGUAAACAGUCCUAAUCGCCUCGGUACGAUAAAUGGGUGCACCAGCUGAAUGCAGGAACUAGAAAAACAAAACAGGAAGGUGGCACGAAGCUAGAAAAAAAGUGUACCGAGAGCAACCCUACUGGACAGAACUGAGAGAGCACGCCAGCGAAAAAAAUUGACCUCAAGGAGAGAGUGCAAAAAAAAAAGGUCCUCUAGAGCAAUAUAGCACGUUGUCUAACAUUCAGCAACAAUGCAGCAUGUGGGGUAGGGCGGCGAUCGCAUGGGCUAAUGCGUCGGCCCCUCCUUAUUAUCAAAAUAAUAACCAUCACUGCCUGCACCCCAUCCACAUAUACACCAUACACACCUUAUUACACAAGGCGGUGCAAGAAUGAAGGCCGCGCUGUAUACAGCCAAUAAAGCUCACCUGGUCCCACUUUGAUAAUUUUUGACAGCUGGUGAACCCUACAGUGCGCAUGUCCUGUGAGGUAAUGCACUUGGUUGUAAUUCCUGCUGUGUGAAGACUUCCUGUUUUUAACUUGUCGAAACCACGUCAACGACACCUCGAUUGUAGCGCAUACAAUCACCGGGAUCCAUGAAUGCGAGCAAAACUGCCUGCGUGUCUCCAUUACUUUUACCCACCUUCUAUCGAGGAAGAGGGGACCUAGUACACAAACCCUACAAACGCUUUGUCUGCUUCAUUCAGCCCCCAUUCCCAAAAUCUGACAUGUCGCGACGCAAGUGCAGCCCGUCAUCCUCUGAUAAAGUUAUCUGCAUACUCAUUCUUGUCGUAUCUACUAUCUUGCUACUGUUCUGAAUCACUCUACCACCCCCCCUAAUUUCUGGUCUUAUUACUCUCACAUGCAAAAUGCUAUUAUGUUACAUCCGUCUUUUCAAAUUCUACCAUUUUAGUUUCAUACUUCUUUAAUUUCAUAAGCAACAAUGACGAUCCACAGCAAAAAGAGCCCUACCAGUUUUUGAGGAAGGUUUGUCUCCCUCGCGUAGAGAAAUAUAACAUACUAUAUGGCGAGUCGUGCGUAUGCGUACAGAGUCUAAAAAUGUACACGAUAUAGCUAGGAAUAUCACCACAAGCGAUAGGCACACACCUAUUUUUGCAUGAUCGAUAAUUCUAUAUGUACUGCAAACAAUUAAUGCUCCUGGUCCAAGAAAUACUAUACUGCACUGUUGUUUUUUACAUGCGCGACCUUGUUGACUCGAACGUAAUAAAUGCACGUUUGUAGACACUAUAACCUCCCGUAGAGAGUCAUUGCCCGUAUAUCUCUAUUGAUAUAUAUA